CGGGCCCCGGCUCUUCCGCUGCUCUAGCUCUGGCUCUCCCUUGAACAGCUCCUAGAGAGAACAAGGCGUGCGGAGCUCGGAUCACCAGCAUCAUGCUCCUUGGGCUUGGAUCGGAGAUCCCCCUCUUUGAACAUUAAAAUAACUCAUUCGUCCAUCAACGUCCCAGGCAGACCCAGCGAGAAAACACGCACGUGAGAGAGAGAGAGAGAGGAAAGAGGAGGAAGAGAAAAAUCUGCAACCAAGUGGACUAAAGCAAAGAAAAAGAGUGCUUUGCUUGCACAGCUGCAAAGUGGGAAUUUAAAGAACUGCAGAGAGAGAAAUUCCAUCUCAUCAGCACACACACAUUGCAGAAUUACAGAUCCAGGUAGAAAUGACAUCAACAGGAAAAGAAGGAAGCGGAGCUCAACAUGCACAAUAUGUUGGACCCUAUCGUUUGGAGAAAACCUUAGGAAAAGGACAGACAGGGCUUGUGAAGUUGGGGGUUCACUGUGUCACAUGUCAGAAGGUCGCGAUAAAAAUUGUCAACAGAGAGAAGCUCAGCGAGUCGGUGCUAAUGAAGGUGGAGCGGGAAAUAGCCAUCCUGAAGUUGAUAGAACACCCCCACGUUUUAAAGCUGCAUGAUGUUUACGAAAAUAAAAAAUAUUUGUAUUUGGUGCUAGAACAUGUGUCAGGUGGGGAGCUCUUCGACUAUCUUGUAAAAAAGGGAAGAUUGACACCAAAAGAAGCCAGGAAGUUCUUCCGACAAAUCAUCUCUGCUUUAGACUUCUGCCAUAGUCAUUCAAUAUGCCACAGGGACUUAAAACCAGAAAACCUACUGCUGGAUGAAAAGAACAACAUCCGGAUAGCAGACUUCGGGAUGGCAUCACUGCAAGUUGGGGACAGCUUGUUAGAAACCAGUUGUGGAUCACCGCAUUAUGCUUGCCCUGAAGUCAUCCGGGGAGAAAAAUAUGACGGAAGGAAAGCAGACGUCUGGAGCUGUGGAGUCAUUUUAUUUGCGUUGCUAGUGGGUGCCCUGCCUUUCGAUGACGACAACUUGCGGCAACUGUUGGAGAAGGUGAAACGUGGAGUGUUCCACAUGCCACAUUUUAUCCCCCCGGAUUGUCAGAACCUUUUGCGGGGGAUGAUUGAAGUGGAUGCCUCGAAACGUCUCACGCUAGAACAUAUUCAGAAACACAUAUGGUAUAUAGGGGGUAAGAACGAGCCAGAACCAGAGCAACCAAUCCCUCGAAAGGUGCAGAUUCGUUCUCUCCCUUCCUUGGAGGAUAUUGAUCCAGAUGUGUUAGAUAGCAUGCACUCGUUAGGCUGCUUCCGUGACCGAAAUAAACUCUUACAGGACUUGUUGUCAGAAGAAGAAAACCAAGAAAAAAUGAUUUAUUUUCUUCUGCUUGACCGGAAGGAGAGGUAUCCUAGUCAUGAAGAUGAGGAUCUUCCCCCUAGAAAUGAAAUAGAUCCCCCCAGGAAGCGUGUGGACUCUCCAAUGCUGAACAGGCAUGGGAAGCGGCGGCCAGAAAGGAAGUCGAUGGAGGUUCUCAGUGUGACAGAUGGCGGCUCCCCAGUCCCUGCUCGCAGAGCUAUUGAAAUGGCACAGCAUGGACAGAGUAAAACAAUGUUCAGUAAAAGCCUGGAUAUCUCUGAAGCCAAUCCCAAAUUCAACAAAGAAGAAAGGUCUCGGUCAAUCAGCGGAGCAUCGUCUGGGCUCUCCACCAGUCCUCUCAGCAGUCCAAGGCCUAUCAGAAAGUUCUUCAUCCCCCCUCAGACCUCCGACCUCCCUUUCUCUCCCCGACCCCAAGUCUCCUUGGACCCUGAUGCUUGUAGGAACGCCUCCAGGCCUGGACAUGUACUCCAACCAAAGCCAGCACUUCAGCCCAACCCAAAGACGCAGACUUUGCCAUCCAAGAGCAAAUUGGCCGAAAAACCACUCCAGUCUACUAAAUCCAACCCACUCCCUACCAGCAACACCAGCGCCCCCUCUUCCCAGAACACCCCUGUGCAGAAUGCUCAGGGCCGCUCGCCUGCUGCCGGCUUUAACCCACAGCUGGCUGUUCCUAAAGUGCAGACCAACCCUAUGUCUCCUGUUAGAUUGCUCCCUUCUAGUACUGACCCAAGCACCAAAUCUAUCCCCAUCAUACAGGUCACCCCUCACCCCUCUCCAAGGGGAAGUCCCCUCCCUACCCCCAAGGGGACACCUGUCCAUACGCCAAAGGAGAGCCCAGCAGGCACACCCAAUCCAACACCACCAUCCAGCCCCAGCAUUGGAGGAAUGCCAUGGAGGACACGGCUCAACUCAAUCAAGAAUAGUUUCCUGGGGUCUCCUCGCUUCCAUCGCCGGAAAUUGCAAGUACCUACACCAGAGGAGAUGUCUAAUUUAACCCCAGAAUCAUCCCCAGAGCUUGCCAAAAAAUCCUGGUUCGGUAACUUCAUCAAUUUGGAGAAAGAAGAACAGAUUUUUGUGGUCAUUAAGGACAAACCACUAAGCUCCAUUAAGGCUGAUAUUGUCCACGCUUUCCUCUCGAUUCCAAGCCUCAGUCACAGUGUCAUCUCACAGACAAGUUUCCGUGCAGAAUAUAAGUCCACAGGAGGUCCUGCUGUCUUCCAGAAGCCAGUGAAGUUCCAGGUGGAUAUAACAUACACAGAAGGGGGAGAGGCACAGAAGGAGAACGGGAUCUAUUCUGUCACUUUCACACUCUUAUCAGGUCCAAGCCGUCGUUUUAAGAGGGUAGUAGAAACCAUUCAGGCACAGUUGUUAAGCACACAUGACCAGCCUUCAGUGCAGCAGUUAUCAGACACCACUAACUGUAUGGAGUUGAUGACUGGCAGACUUUCCAAAUGUGGCAGCCCAUUGAGUAACUUCUUUGACGUAAUUAAACAACUUUUUUCAGACGAGAAGAACGGGCAGGUGAGCCACCCCCCCGGCACGCCAACCAAGCAUAGCGCAAACAGCAAGCGGAGCGAUUCCGGUUCUAAUGACUAUGGGUCUAGAGGAGACAAUAAGUACCCUGCUGGCAAAGACAAGGCAAAGAUGGUCUCAUCAGUCGGCCUACAAGACCAACCUUAAAUAAACACAUAAAAAAUUAAAUAACUUAGAAAAAAAACAAAAACAAAAAGCAAGAAAGAAUGAAAGAAUAUUCCUUAGCAAGCUAGCCUCUAAACUAGAAGGAUGUAUAUACCUUGCCACAACAGUACAAAACUGUCUAUAGACAAAUUUUGUAUGAAGGAAUGACUGUAUAUAUAUACAUAUAUAUAUUUAUAUAUGAUAUAUAAUAUAUAUCUCAGAAACAAACACAAAAACAAACAAAUGAAAGAAUGAAAAGAAAGAAAAGAAAAGGUAGCACAGAUGACAAACCCAGUUCACCAGAUCUUGGGUUGUGGUUUUUCGAUUGGUUUUUUUCCUCCCUUUUUUUGAAUGUUUUGCUUUUUUUCUCCUUCCUGAUUUUUUGGGUUUUUUAUUAUUGUUAUUUUUUUGUUUUGUUUUGUUUUCUUUUGUUUUGUUUCUUGUUCUGUUCAUGCUCUCUCUGUGUUUCUGACGACACCACUUGUUUCCGCUCUGCUACCAGGAAUUAUCCCGAAAAGUUAACAUGUCAGCCACGGCUUCACCUUCUGUGCUCUGCGGACACUUGUUGACGGAAGGCAACCGAUGUAGACUGUCCAAGGACCAGUCCUGUUUGAGGUUCCCAGCCUCCCCUCUCCCUUCAGGAAGUGGGUUUCUCCCCCACUUCUCCCCAGACACCUCCCCAGUGCACGCCUGGUUUUUUUUUCCCCCUCUCUUUUUCUUUUUUGGUGCUCCACAAGAGAGAUCUGCUCAGUUACAGGAUUGCAGAGUCUGGGCUGAAAAGAGGUUGCAAAUUGUUGGAGUGAAACCUUUUCCCUUGGCAACUUCUGUCCGCGCAGGUGAACUCAGCCCGGAGGGGAGGGUGUGGGGAAGGAGACGGGUGUAGCGGGAGCGCAGUGUUUCAUGAAUCCAGAGCGCGUUCUCAUCAGAAACCAGCCAGGAGCAACUCAAAAAUAAGCGUUGAACCAAGACAAUAUUGGGGAGCUUCAUCACAGUACUUUCUUAACCUUCUUUUUCUCCUUGCCACCUUUUCCUUUUCUUUUGCCCCUUUUUUUAUAUAUACAUGUGUAUAUGCAUGUAUAUUUAUACAUAAAUAUACAUACAUACAUACAUAUAUAUACAAAAUGAUUGGUUAUUUUAUACUGUAUCGUUUUGCUUUUUGACCUGCUGGAAGGGGAAAGGAGUAAACUUAGGAGGGAGAGGGGGUUCAAUGAAUAAACACAUACAAACAAAACAUUAAAACUUAGGGAAAAGGCAACUUCUGGUAGCAAAGAAGAGGGACAAGACUCUGCCAAGGACUGUCUCUCCUGCCACCAGGCAGAGUUGCCACUGCUGCUACUGCUGCUCCUCCUUCAACACCUCCCCGUCAACUCCCUGCCACUGUGCCACCGUGCUGGGACCUUCUUCGACCAGCUGGAUCCUCCACCACACCCUGCAUUUAGAGGCAAUUGUUGUGUUGCUAGUGCUGCAUUGAUAUCAGUAUUAUUAUUUCUUUAAGUUACCGGUUUCAUUUGUUGGCUUGGGUGAUUUUUUCUUAAAAAAAAAAGAAAAAAAGGAAAAAGAAAAAAAAAAGAAGAUGAAGAGGAGGAAGAAAAGAGACUUCUCUUGGGUUUUAUUUCCUCUGUGUGUGUGUGUGUGUGCACAUCACUGGCACUUAGUUCAUCAGAGCAAGACAAGGUGGAGUCAGGGCAAUGGGAGACUUAAUCACAAAGCUACUGUAAACUUUAAAAAUUACUGCAAGAUAUUUUUAUAAAGUUUUGUUUGGUUUUGGUUUUAGUUUGUUUUUGGUUUGUUUUGGUUUGUUGUGUUUGUUUUUUUGAAAGGGAGGAGGGUGGGAUUGGGUGGAUGGGGACCUUUUUUUUUUUUUUGUGUUUCAGUUCUUAGGUUUUGGUUAUUUAUAUAUACAUAUAUAUAUAUUUAAAAAAAUAAGCUGUUAGAUAUAUCUUCUGUUUAAUAACCGUGUAGAGGAAACACUGAUUCUUAUUUAUUUUGGGGAGGAGGUGGAAAAAAGACAUGGAAACCCCAUAAGUGUUAUCUUGUGACUUUGAGAAAGAAGAAUUGCUGCUUUUUUCCUCCUCCUCAAGAGUUAUGUGACCAAGUGUAACUUAUUCUGGCCCAAGCUCAAAGGUUAAACAAACAAAACCAAUGUGGUUUUACGCGUGGAAGACAAAACACAGUGAGAAGUACUUCUUGACUGAGAUUUUAAGAAUGUAGGCUUAGCAUUAGUGUUCAGCUCUUUUAUGACCUUCGAUUGCUGCUCGUUGGGUUCCUAUGGGUGUAUGUUGUAUCGCAAAAUAUUUUUUUUUUAAUGAUACUGUUGGAUGAGUUCUUUUUCGUUGUUGUUGUUGUUGUUGGUUUUUUUAACCGUUUUUCCCCUUCUUGGACCAGUUUUACUUGUACAUAGGUUUGAAGAUUAAAAAGAAUUUUUAAAGACACAACUGGGGCAAAGACCUUUGACUUCUGCCCCGUUUCCCCAUUCCCCCAAAUGGGAGGGAUUUAUUUUAUUUUAUUGGUUUAUUUAUUUAUUUAUUUUCCCUAUUCUUAAAACUUUUCUCUCUCGUAUUGCUGUGUGCAUGUCAGACACCUGGGGGUGAUGGCUGGGGAGGGGGGGAGGCAAGGGUGCAGGAGAGGGGGGCAGUUUUAAUUGCAUGACAUUGCUGUAAAUUAGUCUCUUUUGCUUUCGUUGUCUUUCCUGCCUCCACCCUCUCUCUACUUCUCCUCCGAGCUCCCCUCCCAUCACCCCCAUCCUUCUUUUCCCUCUUUUCUCUUCCCUUGUGUACAGAUUUUGAUGCUUCUGUUACAUUGUACCUCUACAAAAGGCUGGGAUUUCAAUACAAAAUAAUAAUAAUUUAAAAAUACCUAUAUCAGCAAAACCCAUGUGGUACAAGCAGGAAGGGGAUUACUUACACAAGAUAUAAGAAUAAAUGAAAGCAAUACCUCUUGUUAUCCUUCCUAUUUUGUACUUUGAAGACACACACGCGCGCACACACACAUAUACAGACACAAACUGACAUUAUUUAAUGGUUUAAAAUGGACAAAAAAAUCUGAUGUAUCCCUUGUUAAAUAACUGUGAGCAACUUUAGUUCAAAAACCAAUAAAUUCAUUCAGUAAAGAUA